AUGGUGGUUCAGGACUCAGGCUCGUAUUGGAAUUACUCAGAUGAUGACGGUGUUUAUGUAACGGCAAGGAUGAAAAAUGACGAGGCUUCAGAACAAGGAUACGGGCCGAACCAUGCCAGCUCGGAUCUGAGGGAGGUGAGGGAGAGAGAAGGAAUCCCUGAUUUGGAAGAGGAAACUGAAACUGGGAGCGAGGGGUACAGAGAGGAUCUACUGAGAAAGAAAGAGAAGGAUAAAGCAAAACAGAGCUCUAGAGAGCAUCUUAAUGAGAAGCUGUGGUCGCCAAAUCUUAACCCGUCACUUAAAGAUCCGAGGGAGGUUGUAGCUGAAAUUAUGAAGGAAUUUGAGAUGGCUUCUGGUUAUGGAAAAGAUGUGGAAUUAAUGUUAAGAGUAAUUCUCUCACAGAUGCUUCACCUAAUGUUGCCGUUUUCUAAGUUUACGGGUUAUUUACCGAGAUCCUGCUUUGAAGAUGUUGGGGAGGGUGUAGAUGCCACCGUGUAUAGCCUUUCUUCCACGAUGGAUAAGUUGUAUGCUUGGGAGAAAAAGUUAUACGAGGAAGGUGAAGAAAGGCUUCGGGUCAAAUACGAGAAGAAAUACAAGAGGCUUAGGAUCUUGGACGAGGAAGGAGCCGAGCCCUGCAAGAUUUACGCCGCUCAAACUUCUAUAAGAAGACUACGAACAAAGCUCGUUAUCAGAAUGAAAGCAAUUGACGCCAUCUCAAGCACGGUAAACAAGUUGAGGGAUGAAGAAUUGCAACCAAAGGUCGCCGAACUAAUUCACGGGCUGAUCAAAAUGUGGAAGGCAAUGCUCAAAUGCCACCAGAAACAGUAUCAAGCUAUAAUGGAGCUCAAAAUGCGAAAGCACAAACCGAAAACCGGUCUCCAAUCAGAUACAGGCUCCACCGGGCUCGAAAAAGAGCUUCUCGCAUGGUGUCGCCAUUUCGAAAACUGGAUUGGCUUCCAAAAGUUGUACGCAGAAUCUCUAAAUGGUUGGCUCCUAAACUGUCUACAACACGAAACACGAGCGAUUUUUUACAAACCCGACGAUCUUUACUCACCCGGCCAGCUCGGAGCCCCUACGAUUUUCAUUAUUUGCAACGACUGGCAGAAGGCAUUGGGAUGCAUAUCCGAAGGAGGACUUAGCAAAGUCAUUGGGAUGCUAAUUGGAAGAGACGAUGAGGAGGCACAUGAAAACGUGUAA